CGGAGGAUAUGAAACCGGUGUGCAAGUUGUUGGAUCCCAUCAUGGACAUGUUGUAGAUGGUGGACAUUGACACGAGGCAGAUUGACAAGAUUUUGCGUCGGUACGAUGAGAUGAUCGUAUCCUGUUUAGCUGCAUGUGUUGCUUUUGACAAGGAGCAGGAUGCAGUGCUUGAGGUGUUUGACAGACGCCGAACCAUGUUCAAGUCGCCGGCUCAUGUGGCUGCCAUGAUGUUGGAUCCAGAGUUUCGAGAUCAUACACUGGUAGACGACGCAGAGAUGCAGCAGGGUUUGACGUCUGCUCUGGUUCAGUUCAGGUACCCAAAGAGCUCGGACCAGCACAAGGAGGUCCUCACUGCCAUCGACAAGUUUCUUGUCAAGGAGCCGCCAUUCGACGACGUGGUCAUGGAUCGAGCAGCACGGAGCUAUAACCAUUCAGCCACGGACGUCGACAACGAUCUUGAAGACCGCUACCCGGACGGAGACGACGACGAUGGCGUAGGAGGCGAUGAUCGUGGUGAUGGAGGAGAUCGGCCACGGCCCCGCUCGACACGUGGAGAUGGUGACAGAGGGGCUGGUGAGGCAGCGAGAGAUUAUCGUGAUGAGGGUAACGCUGGUGCAGGGACCGGUGCAGGGGGAUCGAGAUAUGAAGAUGGUGAUAGAGUGGGCAACAAUAUCGGGGCAAGGGGCGACGGUCAUGGUGACGGUGACGACCGUGCAGGGAGAUGCGCUGCGGGCUCGACACGUGAAGACACCGACAGAGGGAUCACUGCCGUGGACAUCAACCACCGCGCAGCCUCGGAUGACGAUGGAGAUGGAGGGGACGAUGACGGUCUAGGACUUCUUCAGGGCGGUGGCCUGAAGCGCUUGCGACGUGGACCGAGGGAACGAGACACUAUCGCUUCUCGUGUGCGCAGACGUCGCGGUGGGGCUUCUGCCAUUCCACGACCUCGAGUCCCUGCAACUGCACAGAUUCCAGUUUCUGAGGACUUUUUCAGCGAUGACGCUCGCGAGGAGUGGAUCGAGCAGGCUGAUGGGAACGGUCCCCUAGAGGGCAGCGGACCAUUGAUGUGUCAUCUUGAGACCGAGGGAGACAACAUUGAUGAUGCGGUAAUGCAGGCCGAGGUUAGUGCUGCGCCACUGCAUCCACUGACUUCAGCUGGCGGACAGGAGUCAACUGCAGUGACUUCAGACACGAGAUGACCACCGGCAUCGGCGAAGAAAGAGAGUAGUAUGAUCGCACCUCGCAGCAUUCAUGGAGUUCAACCUGGCGUCACCAAGGAGGGGGUUGCUAUGCAGCAAUCAGAGACACAGGGAGCCGAUGCAAAUGACACUGCACCGCCUGCAUUGAUGGAGGAGACUGUUGUUGCGUGUCCAGACAUCGAUCACCCGAAAGGGGAGGUCUCACACACUCCCGCACCUGAGCAGAGCGGCACGGGGCAUAUCGGGCUCGCAUGCCCCACCGGCAGUCUUCCAAGUAUUGGCGAG